GGCGUCCAAAUGGUCGGGUUUCGUGACAGCUGUACAUGCUGCUACGGGCGCCUAAGCGAGCAUAAGCACAGGUUUCCAAACCCGGGCAAGGUGAUAAAAUCAUCCAAAGGAUGGCGCGGGUGGUGUUCCUGCACCCAGACCUUGGUAUUGGUGGAGCAGAGCGACUGGUGGUCGAUGCUGCUGUCGCUCUGAAGUCGAAGGGAUGUAGCGUUCAGAUAUGGACGGCUCAUUAUGAUCCAACACACUGCUUCUCUGAGACACUGGACCCAGAGCUGCCUGUGGUAUGUGUGGGUGACUGGCUUCCCACCAGUGUGUUUGGCUACCUGCAUGCCCUCUGUGCUUACCUGAGGAUGAUCUACGUGGCCCUUUACCUGGUCUUUCUCAGCGGGGUGGAGUACGAUGUCGUCUUCUGUGAUCAGGUGUCGGUCUGUAUCCCGGUGCUGAGACUGUCCCGUUGCAGGAAGAAGGUUUUGUUUUACUGUCACUUCCCAGACCAGCUGCUGACCCAGAGGAAGUCGGCUCUGAAGAAGCUUUAUCGCGCUCCCAUCGACUGGCUGGAGGAACGCACCACUGGCAUGGCUGACAUGAUUGUGGUAAACAGCCAGUUCACCGCAGGCGUCUUCAGAGAGACCUUUCGUGGUCUGAAAGGAGUCCAGACAGACGUCCUCUAUCCCUCCCUCAACACGCGUACCUUUGACCAGCAGGCCAGUGAAGCAGCGGGCUUGGAGGGGCUGCUCCCCGAGGGAACCUCCUGCCUGUUCCUCUCCCUGAACCGAUACGAGAGAAAGAAGAACCUGGGCCUCGCUCUGGUGGCUCUCGCAGCCCUGAGGAGCAGCCUUCCUCCCGACCGGAGAGCAGGUAUUCACCUGGUGGUGGCGGGUGGCUACGAUGACCGAGUUACCGAAAAUGUUCAACAUUACACUGAACUCAAAGAGCUGGCAGCGCAGCUCCACUUGGAGAACUGUGUCACUUUCCUGCGCUCCCCCUCUGACUCGCUGAAGGUGGCGCUGCUGCGGGGCAGCGCAGCCGUGCUGUACACCCCGAGCAGAGAGCAUUUUGGGAUAGUUCCCGUCGAGGCAAUGUACUGCUGCUGCCCUGUUAUCGCGGUGAACUCUGGGGGCCCCCUGGAGAGCGUGGCAGACGGGGAAACGGGCUUCCUGUGCGAGCCCACGGCAGAGGCCUUCUCUCAGGCCAUGGAGAAGCUAGUGAGGGAGCCGCAGCUCCGCAGGGACAUGGGACAAGCUGGGAGGAGGAGGGUGCAAGAUAAAUUCUCUCUCGAGGCCUUCUCAGACCAGCUGUAUGGGUACAUUGUCAGGCUGACGCAGUGA